CCCCUCCUCUUGGCCAAACUUUCCGGAGGGGGAAGGCUUUCCGAGGAAACGAAAGCGAAAUUGAAUCGGAGCCAUCUUGGGCCCCGCGCAGACCCGCGGAGUUUCCCGUGCCGAUGCUUCCGGUCCACUUAUAUUGCGGAGCAGCGGGAGCGUGGGGGUCUCGAGGGGCUGGUGCGGGGCCAGGGUAGUGGUGCUGGCGGGUCGGGGCGGGCAAUGCCUCGCGGGCGCCAUGAACCCGCAGCAGGGGCAUUCCCUCAGCGGAUACUACCCCCAUCCAUUUCAAGGCUAUGAGCACAGAAAGGUCAGACACCAGCAGCCUGGGCUGGGAUCUUCCCCCAACAGUUUCCUACGUAAGCAAAUAGAGUUUCUCAAGGGCCAGCUCCCGGAAGCACCAGUGAUUGGAAAGCAGACACGGUCACUGCCACCUUCCCUCCCAGGACUCCGGCCAAGGUUUCCAGCACCGCCUGUCUCCAGUACCGGAUUCAGGCGAGUGGAGAUCUGGGGUGUCCCCAGGAGCGUGCAUUUCGGAAGUCAGGGGCUCCAAAGAGCAUUCCAGCAUCCUUCACCACGUGGUAGGAUUCUGUCACAGAGAGGUGUUGAUUGCCUUUCCUCACAUUUCCAGGAACUGAGUAUCAACCAGGAUCAGGAACAAAGGAUCUUAAAGCUCUUGGAAGAGCUUGGAGAAGGGAAGGCCACCACAGCACAUGAUCUGUCUGCGAAACUUAGGGCCCCAAAGAAGGAAAUCAAUCGAGUUUUAUACUCCCUGGCAAAGAGGGGCAAGCUACAGAAGGAGGCAGGAACACCCCCUUUGUGGAGCAUCUCAGCCUCAGCUCAGGCUCGGAACCAGCACAACAGAGCAGUGAGACCAGAUUGUCAUAGCCAAGGAGCCUCCAACUCAGACCUGAGUUUGGAACCUGAAGACAGAAACUCCACGUCUGUCUCAGAAGAUACUACUGAGCCUUUUAUCACAGUCUCAGCUCAGGCUUGGAACCAGCACAGCGGAGCGGUGAGACCAGACGGUCAUAGCCAAGGAGCCCCAAACUCAGAUCCGAGUUUAGAAACCGAAGACAGAAACUCCACGUCUGCCUUAGAAGAUCCUCUUGAGCUUUUUGACAUGGCUGAGAUCAAGGAGAAAAUCUGUGACUAUCUCUUCAAUGUGUCUGACUCCUCUGCCCUGAAUUUGGCUAAAAAUAUUGGCCUUUCCAAGGCCCGAGAUAUAAAUGCUGUGCUGAUUGACUUGGAAAGGCAGGGGGAUGUCUGUAGAGAAGGGACAACCCCUCCCCUAUGGCAUUUGUCAGACAAGAAGCGAGAGAGGAUGCAAAUUAAGAGAAAUGUGAACAGUCUUCCUGAAACAGCUCCAUCUGCAAUCCCUGAGAUUAAAAGAAAUGCAGAGUUCCCCACCUGUAAUUUACCCAUAUCAAAUGCCUCAAAUAACAUGGUAACCACAGAAAAAGUGGAGAAUGGGCAGGAACCUGUCAUAAAGUUAGAAAACAGGCAAGAGACCAGACCAGAACCAGUAAGACUGAAACCACCUGUUCAUAACAAUGGCCCCUCAAGAGCAGGGUAUGUUGACUUUGAAAAUGGCCAGUGGGCCACAGAUGACAUCCCAGAUGACUUGAAUAGUAUCCGCGCAGCACCAGGUGAGUUUCGAGCCAUCAUGGAGAUGCCCUCCUUCUACAGUCAUGGCUUGCCACGGUGUUCACCCUACAAGAAACUGACAGAGUGCCAGCUGAAGAACCCCAUCAGUGGGCUGUUAGAAUAUGCUCAGUUCGCUAGUCAAACCUGUGAGUUCAACCUGAUAGAGCAGAGUGGACCACCCCAUGAACCUCGAUUUAAAUUCCAGGUUGUCAUCAAUGGCCGAGAGUUUCCCCCAGCUGAAGCUGGAAGCAAGAAAGUGGCCAAGCAGGAUGCAGCUAUGAAAGCCAUGACAAUUCUGCUAGAGGAAGCCAAAGCCAAGGACAGUGGAAAACCAGAAGAAUCAUCCCACUAUUCUACAGAGAAAGAGUCAGAGAAGACCGCAGAGUCCCAGCCCUCCACCCCUUCAGCCACACCCUUCUUUUCCGGGAAGAGCCCCGUCACCACACUGCUUGAGUGCAUGCACAAACUGGGGAACUCCUGUGAAUUCCGGCUCCUGUCCAAAGAAGGCCCUGCCCAUGAGCCCAAGUUUGAAUACUGUGUUCAAGUGGGAGCCCAGACUUUCCCCAGUGUGAGUGCCCCCAGCAAGAAGGUGGCAAAGCAGAUGGCCGCAGAGGAAGCCAUGAAGGCCCUGCAUGGGGAGGCGACCAACUCCAUGCUUUCUGAUGACCAGCCCGAAGGUACAAUCUCAGAGUCACUUGAUAACUUGGAAUCGAUGAUGCCCAAUAAGGUCAGGAGGAUUGGCGAGCUCGUGAGAUACUUGAACACCAACCCUGUGGGUGGCCUUUUGGAGUACGCUCGCUCCCAUGGCUUCGCUGCCGAAUUCAAGUUGGUCGACCAGUCCGGACCUCCUCACGAGCCCAAGUUCGUUUACCAAGCAAAAGUUGGGGGUCGCUGGUUCCCAGCCGUCUGCGCACACAGCAAGAAGCAAGGCAAGCAGGAAGCAGCAGAUGCAGCUCUCCGUGUCUUGAUUGGGGAGAAUGAGAAGGCAGAACGCAUGGGUUUCACAGAGGUAACCCCAGUGACAGGGGCCACUCUCAGAAGAACUAUGCUCCUCCUCUCAAGGUCCCCAGAAGCACAGCCAAAGACACUCCCUCUCACUGGCAGCACCUUCCACGACCAGAUAGCCAUGCUGAGCCACCGGUGCUUCAACACGCUCACUAACAGCUUCCAGCCCUCCUUGCUCGGCCGCAAGAUUCUGGCCGCCAUCGUUAUGAAGAAGGACUCUGAGGACAUGGGUGUGGUUGUCAGCUUGGGAACAGGGAAUCGCUGUGUGAAAGGAGAUUCUCUCAGCCUAAAGGGAGAAACUGUCAAUGACUGUCAUGCAGAAAUCAUCUCCCGGAGAGGCUUCAUCAGGUUUCUCUACAGUGAGUUAAUGAAAUACAACCCCCAAACCGCGAAGGACAGUAUAUUUGAGCCCGCUAGGGGAGGAGAAAAGCUCCAAAUCAAAAAGACUGUGUCAUUCCAUCUCUAUAUCAGCACCGCUCCGUGUGGAGACGGAGCCCUCUUUGACAAGUCCUGCAGCGACCGUGCUAUGGAAAACACAGACUCCCGCCACUACCCUGUCUUUGAGAAUCCCAAACAAGGCAAGCUCCGCACCAAGGUGGAGAACGGAGAAGGCACAAUCCCUGUGGAAUCCAGUGACAUUGUGCCUACGUGGGAUGGCAUUCGGCUUGGGGAGAGACUCCGUACCAUGUCCUGUAGUGACAAAAUCCUACGCUGGAACGUGCUUGGCCUGCAAGGGGCAUUGUUGACCCACUUCCUGCAGCCCAUUUAUCUCAAAUCUGUCACAUUGGGUUACCUUUUCAGCCAAGGGCAUCUGACCCGUGCUAUUUGCUGUCGUAUGUCAAGAGACGGGAGUGCAUUUGAGGAUGGACUACGACAUCCCUUUAUUGUCAACCACCCCAAGGUUGGCAGAGUCAGCGUAUACGAUUCCAAAAGGCAGUCAGGGAAGACUAAGGAGACAAGCGUCAACUGGUGUCUGGCUGAUGGCUACGACCUGGAGAUCCUGGACGGCACCAGAGGCACCGUGGAUGGGCCACGGAAUGAAUUAUCCCGGGUCUCCAAAAAGAACAUUUUUCUUCUGUUUAAGAAGCUCUGCUCCUUCCGUUACCGCAGGGAUCUACUGAGACUCUAUGGUGAGGCCAAGAAAGCUGCCCGUGACUACGAGAUGGCCAAGAACUACUUCAAAAAAAGCCUGAAGGAUAUGGGCUAUGGGAACUGGAUUAGCAAACCCCAGGAGGAAAAGAACUUUUAUCUCUGCCCAGUAUAGUAUGCUCCAGUGACAGGUGGAUCGGGGUGUGUCACGCUAGGGUGAGAGAGAGGUAGGCGUAGCAUUCCUCAUCACAUGGUCAGGGGAUUUUUUUUUUUUUUUUUUUUUUCUUUUUAAGCCAUAGUUGGUGAUACUGAAAACUUUGGGUUCCCAUUUAUCCUACUUUGGGAUUGCUAGGCAAGGUCUGGCCAGGCCCCCCUUUCCUUCCCCAAGUGAAGAGGCAGAGACCUAACAAGUUAUCUUUUCUUUCUACCCAAAACGGACAUAGUCAGUGAGCACCUGCGGUCCAUUUCCUCUUAAAAAGUUUCCUUUUGAUUUUUUUCCAUCUCCUUUCCCUUUGUGUUUGCUACACUGACCUCUUGUAGUCUUGAUUCGGUUUCAGUCAACUCUGGAUCAUGUCAGGGACUGACGAUGUCAUUUGUGGAUUACGCAGCUCCCGCUACUUCCCCUCCUCUUCUGAGAUUCUUUCCUUGUGAUCAGAAUUUCUCCGUUUACCCCUCAGAGGGUAAAGAGAUGAACUGAAAGGAUUUGGUGAAACGUUUGCAAGGGGAGGAGUUUAAAACUGCAGUUACCAGUGCAUGCAAGUGUGACUGGAACCUGCAGGUAAUGCCCAGCCGUCUUCCCAUCUUGCACUUCAGCCAGCCACAGGGCAGGCAAGGCAAGGAGGGCUGCUUCCCGAAGUGCAUCCCCUCCCCUGGCAGCAGGGAAGCCUAGAACCAGCCAGACUGGUUUAAGGGAGUUGCCCGGGCAAUAGCUGAGGUUUCACCCUGCAGGGUGACACAGACCACUUCCCGGGGAGCACAGGCAUUCCUUAGAAUAUUGCCAGGCUUCCAGCUGCCUCUUCCCCUAAAGCAUUCCUAGGAAUUUGCCCUGCCGGUGCUGGGUGUACACCCUAGCCAACUGGUAGGAAAAAUCUGGGACAAAUCCUAGAGGGUAUAAAAUCAUCUCUGCUCAGAUAAUCAUGACUUAGCGAGAAUAAGGGCAAAAAAUCAUGUUGGCUCACAUCACUGUUCCACCCAGCAUAAUCUCUCGCAUGACGGUGUUACCAAGGGAAUUUGACUAAGUCCUAUGUAAAUUAGGAGUGUUUAAAAGAAUGCCAUAGAUGUUGAUUCUUAAGUGCUACAGAUAACCUUUAAUUAAGCAGAUUUAAAAUUCAAGCAUACUUUUCCAUUUAUCCAAGCGCUUUCAUUUUUCCAGAUGGUUUCAGAAGUAGGUUCGUGGGCAGGGUGAAGACCUGAUCUUUAUAGGGCUGACACAGAAAGCAGUAGUUGGUGAAAGGGCAGGUUGUCUUCAAACUCUGUGAGGUGGAAUCCUUUGUCUACACCUCCACAUAACAUUGACUCUUGACUUGUGUGGUCAGAGCCGUUGGCCUCUCUGUGGAGUCUGAUUCUCUGGCUCUUGUGCAUUCUUUGAAUAGUCACUUGUAAAAAUUGUCAAUGCUUGAAGCUAUUUCCUUUACCCAGGUUGAAGAGACUUUGUUGGCUUUUAAAGUGUUGGUCAUGACUGCAAGAGCAGAGUGCGGAAGAGCUCCCCCAUAGACUUGAGUGCCCUCAUGAUGGGUGUGGGCCAGUUCUGAUUCUGUGUUUACAUGUCCCUUGGUAACAGUCAGCUAGACACACUCAGGAGGACUACCGAGGCUCUGCCACCGUCAGGACCUGAGCCUGCCUCUCUCCUUAGAUGACAGACCUCCAUCUGGGAACGUGCUGAGCCAGCGCCCUCAGUUGAUUUCCCUGCAAACUGCUGACUAGGUCACCCCCUGUCCAAUGGUAGAGACACAUUCACAUCUUCGCUUAUAUUCUAUACCCUCUGUACUUCUGACCAAAAAUUGACCAAAAUAAGAAAACACGAGUUUUAAAAAUAGACUAAGGAUGCCUUUGCGGAACACCAAAGCGUCCCAAGGAACUGGUAGGGAAAUGACACUUGUCUCCUGGGGUGGAAGAGGCCUGCUCCCUGGCUCUGAGUCUGCUGGGGGCACAGUAAAUCAGUCUUGGCAUCCACAUCCAGGGCAGAGAGGUCUGUGGUUCUCAGCAUUGGAAGGACUGAGUCUUCCGAACGUUUGGCCUCCGGUCCGUCUUGGGCAUUAGAUUCUCCAGCAGAGCUCUGGCCAGCUGCCUCUUCUUUAACUGGGAACACAGGCUCCCACAAGAUCAGAACCCCCACUCACCCCCAAGAUCUUAUCUAGCAAGCCUGUAGUAUUCAGUUUCUGUCGUAGGAAGAGAGCAAGGCAUCCCUGAAUUCCACGCGUCUGCUGGACAUGAGCCGUGUCUGGUCGCUCACCCCCCGCACCCCCUCGCCCCUCUUAGUCACACAGGACAGAGGAGGCAGCGCUUCUGCCCACUGUUACCUUCACUUUUUUGUCCAGUCUUUUGUUUUAAAUAAGCAGCACCCCUCCCCACUCUUUCUUUUUAAUGAUUUUUGUAGUUGAUUUGUCUGAACUGUGGCUACUGUGCAUUCCUUGAAUAAUCACUUGUAAAAAUUGUCAAUGCCUAAAGCUUUUUCCUUUACUCACGUUAAAGGGACUUUGUUGGUUUUUUGGAGUCUUGGUUGUGACUCCAAGAGCAGAAUCAGGAAGAGCCCAAGAACACAGACUUGGGUGCCACGAUGCUGGCUGCAGUCCAGUUUGUGAUUCCGCUUUUAUGUGUCCCUUGAUAACAACUUCCAAUAUACAUUCCUCGUAAAUAAAAAAAAAAUAAAAAAAAAAAAAGAAGAAUCUGAAUUCUUA